AGGAGGAGGAGGAGGAGGGAGGCAGCGCCGGCCGCGCUGCCCCGAGCGCUCCGCUCCGCGCUCGGCGGGGCUCAGCCGCCGCCCCCCGCUCCCGGCGCGACGCCCCCGCGGCGCUGCCCCAGCCAUGAAGGCGGCGGUGGAUCUGACCAUCAUCAAGACGGAGAAGGUGGACAUCGAGCUCUUCCCGUCCCCCGACAUGGAAUGUGCAGAUGUGCCUUUAUUAACUCCCAGCAGCAAAGAAAUGAUGUCCCAAGCACUGAAAGCCACGUUCAGUGGCUUUGCCAAGGAGCAGCAGCGGCUGGGAAUUCCCAAAGAUCCCCAGCAGUGGACGGAGACGCACGUGCGGGACUGGGUGAUGUGGGCGGUCAACGAGUUCAGCCUCAAGGAGGUGGAUUUCCAGAAGUUCUGCAUGAAUGGAGCUGCCCUCUGUGCCCUGGGCAAGGAGUGCUUCCUGGAGCUGGCCCCUGACUUUGUGGGAGACAUCCUCUGGGAGCACCUGGAGAUCCUGCAGAAAGAAGAGGUAAAACCAUACCCAGCGAACGGAGCCAACACGACAUAUCCCGAAUCCCGCUACACCUCCGACUACUUCGUUAGUUAUGGCAUUGAACAUGCCCAGUGUGUGCCUCCCUCCGAGUUCUCCGAGCCCAGCUUCAUCACAGAAUCCUACCAGACCCUGCACCCCAUCAGCUCCGAGGAGCUGCUGUCCCUCAAGUACGAGAGCGACUACCCCUCGGUCAUCCUGCGGGACCCGCUGCCCACGGACCCCCUGCAGACAGACUAUUUCACCAUCAAGCAGGAGGUGGUGACACCUGACAACAUGUGCAUGGGACGUGCCAGCAGAGGUAAGCUGGGAGGCCAGGACUCCUUCGAGAGCAUCGAGAGCUACGACAGCUGUGACCGGCUGACGCAGUCCUGGAGCAGCCAGUCCUCGUUCCAGAGCCUGCAGCGCGUCCCGUCCUACGACAGCUUCGACUCCGAGGACUAUCCCUCCACCCUGCCCAGCCACAAGCCCAAGGGCACCUUCAAGGACUAUGUUCGGGAUCGGGCCGACAUGAACAAGGACAAGCCUGUCAUUCCUGCUGCUGCCCUGGCUGGAUACACAGGCAGUGGACCCAUCCAACUGUGGCAAUUCCUGCUGGAACUGCUCACUGACAAGUCCUGUCAGUCCUUCAUCAGCUGGACGGGCGAUGGCUGGGAAUUCAAACUUUCCGACCCAGACGAGGUGGCCAGGAGGUGGGGCAAGAGGAAAAACAAGCCCAAGAUGAACUACGAGAAGCUGAGCCGGGGGCUGCGCUAUUACUACGACAAGAACAUCAUCCACAAGACGGCCGGCAAGCGUUACGUCUAUCGCUUCGUCUGCGACCUCCAGAGCCUGCUGGGCUACACCCCCGAGGAGCUGCACGCCAUGCUGGACGUCAAACCCGAUGCUGAUGAGUGAACAGAACCCCCUGUCCUUUUGGAGAGUCUUUGGGACUAUGUUGGUUCAUUUUUUUUCCACUUUUUUUUUUUUUUGCUGUUCUUUUCGCUGUUCGUUUCGUCGUGGUCUUUGUUUUAUUUCUUAAAGGGCGACUCAGAUUUGAUGCUUUGAGGAUGUUGGGUGGAGGAAGAGGCAAACUUUUGGCCAAAGUUUGGUUCGGGGUGGGAUGGGCUUUGGGGCUGUUUCAUGUAAGCUCCCAAGACAGGGUUUUUUUGGGGUGAAAUUCUCUCCGUUCAUUGUUUUUUUUCAGGAGCGACUCAGAUUUGAUGCUUUGAGGAUGUUGGGUGGAGGAAGAGGCAAAUUUUGGCCAAAGUUUGGUUCAGAGAAGGAUGGGCUUUGUGGUUAUUUCCUGCAAGCUCCAAGACAGGCUUUUUUGGGGUGAAGCUCUGAGUUUAAGAAAGCCAGAAAAAUGUAGCUCAUUUUAAAGAAAAAAACCAACAACCCCCUCCCCACCCUUUGCUCUUUAGAAAAAACCUGAUCAAAUGGAUCCCUGUGGUUGGUCACACAAACGGACAGCUCAAGAAAUGACAAUAUUCCCGAGGAUUUCAGGAUUUUCCACUUUUUUUGGGGGGGAGUGGGGAGGGGAAAAACCAACUGGGUGAAUAUUCCUGCUUCGGGGAGGGGCAAUAUAGGAAAAACACAAGAACUGUCGUUCUUGUUCCAUCACUUUUCUGUCCAUUGUCUUCUUUUCUACAAGACACAGAUUUUUUUUUUUUCUUCCUAGGAGGGAUCAAGACUCUUUUUUUUUAUUUUUUAUUUUUUGAUUUCUUAAAGUUUUAUUUUAUUAAAUUUUGUGCCAGUAUUUUUUCGGUUUUUUUUAAAAUAGUCUUAAGCUCUACGAUGGUCUCAGUAUUGCAAUAUUGUGUGUGUUUGUUUCUGUUAUGCCAGCAGAGAAUUUUAUCAGAGUGAGGAAAAGGAGAAAAAAAAUAAUAAAAAAAAGAAUUUAGUUGAUGUAGAUCCCACUGGAGAAUUGGAAUGUUGCAACUUGGAUGUGAAGGAAAACUAACUCCAAAGUGGCUCCUGGUGAUGCUGGCUGGGUGUGCCGCCCUCAUUUCCAGUCCCACACUCUGUGCUGAUAAAGCUGGUUGAAAUAUCUCCUUGUUUUUUGUUUUUUUUUUUUUUGGUUUGUGUUUUUUUUGCCUGGCUGUGCAAAGCCUCUCAAGCUUUCCAUGGAAAAUGUCUUUUUUUGCUUUUUCCAAACCAUUUCUUUGCUCAAGGAUCACUUUGGUGCUUACGGAAAAUUUAUUUUUUUUUUUUUUUACAACAGGGAAAAAUUCCCAUGUUUUCAAGGCCAUAAAUGGAAAAUACAGCAGUGGAUUGAGGGGAAAAAUCAGGAAAAAGUUAAAAACCCCGAGGGAAAUGGGGUUUGUCUUUAGUGCUGUGAGUGUCGACCUGCCUGGGCACAGGAGAAGGGAAAUUAUCCCUGCAAAUGGGCUCUUUGGGGCUCUUUGGGAGCCCAACCCUGGCAGGACGUGAGGGACACGAAGCAAACACCAGGUCCUUGUGCUUGGGGGAGAUGGUUUGGGAUCAAUCCUGGUGGGAGCUGCUCCCUCUGGCCUCCAAAGCUUUGCUGUGACUGGUUUUUGUUCGGGAGGGCUCGAUCCUGCUGGGCCAAGCACCUCCUGGGAUGCUCUGGGCAGGCUGAGGGGGGAUCAGAGGAUCAGGGAGUGUUCCCACAGUCAGAUCCAACCCCACAGCUGGAUCCACGAGGAUCUGGCUGCCCACUGGAGUGUCCCACCCGCAGGCCUUUGCAUCCCGAGGCGGUGUUUGAACCAGAAGUACCUUCUUUUCGUGUUGUUUGUCAGUCUUGUGUGUUUUAGGGCAUUGAGGUCAUUCCAGAGGCACUGUGGGCUCAGGGGCUUUCCAGAGGUGCUGGUGGGCAAUGCCUGCCUGAUCCCAAAGGAUCAGCUUGGAAGGACAGGACGCUGAGUGUAAAGAGCCAAAAUAUUCAGGCACUUAACCCCCCUGAACAGGGGCAGGGCUGGAGGGGGAGCCCCAUCCCAAGGUGAUGCUCAGAGGUCCUGGACCCUUCACCCAUUCCCUCCAGAGCACCUUCACAUCCUAAAAUUGGUCAUUUUAGGGCAGACCAGCCCCAAAAUUGCUGCUGCUUAAAAACAAGAUGCCGGUGGAGGGGCAAUGAGCGGGCCAAGAGGGAGCUCCAGCCGAGGGGAGCAGAGGGGGGUUGGGAAGGGAGGUUGUUACACUGCUGGCUCAGGGGCUGUGGGUGGUCCCACGGAGCCCACGGGAAGAAAAGGUGGGAUGGAUGGAAAGGAGGGAAGAGGGGAUGGUUGGAAGGUGAGGGGAACAUGCACCCAAGGAGGAAAGGGAUGUUCCCCACUGGGAAGUUAAGCCCUGGCUCAUCUCCUGGGCACACAGGGAGGGUGGGGAAAGCAGCUUGGCCGAGCUGGAGAGAGGAGAGGAAAACUGGGAUGUCAUGGAUGAGUUCCCUCCAUCGGAGGGGCACCAGGGCAGAGCUCCACUGUGUCCUCUGAGCAGCUGGAAAGGGAGAGGAGGGAGAUGUGAGGGCACAGAGUGCACAGGGGAGGAGCUGGCAAAGGGCAUCCCAGCAGGACACUCCGUGUGGGUUGGAUUUCCAGCCCUUGGAGGAGUUUUGGGGAGGUUCAGGCUCCUGUCUUGCUGCAAAGUGCCCUGAGAUUACCCAUCAUGGGUCACUUAGAACCCCCUUACACCCUUGGAAAGGUGCCAGGCACUCCAGCUCCUGUGUGCCCUGGCCCAGGACAUCCCUGCUGCUCUGCUUGGAUGCUCCACUGCAGCUGAAGUGCCUUUUUUCAAGCAAAAAAACUGGGAUAAAAUUUCCCUCCAGCAGAAGGAACAGCAGGUUCAGGUACAGCCCCAUCGUCCUGCCAGGCCAAAUCCCUCUUCCACCCCACCAGGCUUAUUAUUCCAGGUUUCCAAGCUGUGUUCCCAGUGAUUUUGGGAAGAUGAUUUAGAGGUUGGAAAGGGUGAGCCAUGGGAAGCAGCUCUGGUUUUUGGGAGCAGCCCCUGGCUGGAGUUUCUCCAUCAUUUCUCCAUCCAUCCAUCCCAUCUCAUCCCAUCCCAUCCCAUCCCAGGGACAUCAGGUCCAUCAUUUUCUCUUUUCCUUUCCUUUUCAUUCCCUCUCCAGAGACCAUCCCAGAGAUGUUUGCUGUUUAUACACUGGAAAUUCACAGAUUUGUCUUGUGUUCCUUUUGAUUUUGUUCCUUUUCUUUCCUCCUCCUCCUCCUGACUUGCCUGCUGGUCUUUGGCGAGGGCUGUGCUGGACCAGACUUGCUCAGCCCAAACCUUCUGACCUCCUGUCCUUCAGGUCCUUGGAAAUUUGGGUAUCCCACACGUGCUGGGCCACAAGGAUGGAUGUGAGGGGGCUGAGAUGGAGAUCUGCCAGGGAUGGGACUCACCCCUGGGAUGGUUUCUCUGCAUGGGGGUGGAAUUUCCCAUUGGAAAUCGGGUGGGUUUGGCUCGUUUUGGGACGUCUCAGGUGCUUUUGGUGGGGCUUUUUUGGGAAUAUUUUCUGUGUCCUGCUCAUCUUCUGCUCUUCUCCACGGGGUUGAUGUCCCUUGGCAUCUCUGGCAGAGCCUGAGCCCUUCUUUGCUCUCAGGGGCCUCAACAGUCGAUAUUUGGGACCAUAAAAGAGGGAAUAAAACCCCUCCAGUGAUGAUAAAAAACACAAGCACUUUUCUGCUGCCCCUCUCUCUCCACCCCUCUGUGUGGGACAACCACGAUCCUUGGACACUCCUGCACGUCCAAGUGGAAGUCCACGUCAUUUCCACACAUCCUCCUCCAGGUUCAGGUGGAGAAAUAACCAAAAGUAAAAGGUUAAAAUGAGAUUUCACCUCCUCACCUUUUCCAAACCAACUUCUCCUCCUCCUCCAAAAAAAAAAAAAAAGGUCACAGAAAGCCCCCAAAAAUCCAGGAAAAAAUCUCCAUCUUCUGCUUCUUGUUUUUUGGUUUUUUGGUGUUUUUUUUUGGAGGGGUUUUCUCCCAGAUUUUAGGACUUGAUUGCUUAUUCCAUUGGAAAAUUGGGAUGCCUUGGCGUGCUCUGCUCUCUGGUAGGGUCUGUAGGACACCCCUGAGCUGUUGUCUACAUUCCAAAGAGGUUUAAAUAAAUGAUAAAUCUAUGUAUACAUAUAUGUUAUAAUGGAAUAUCUCCAGGAAUUAACUGCCUCAGUUAAAAAAAAAAAAGAAAAAAGAAAAAAAAAAGGAAAAAAGUCUUUUUUGGGGGGGUAUUUUGUUUUUACACAUUUUUUUUAAGCUGAGAAACGUAGAAGAAGAGGAAAAAAAAAGAGAUUGUUAUAUUGUGCUGUUCGACUAUUUUCCAACUUGUAUUUUCGUAUAAUUUAUAUUUUUUAAAAGCGGGGGCGGGGAGGAAAUAAAAAACGAAAAGAAGUUUAAAAGUGAGAUUUAACAACAAACA